AUGCACAACUAUUCUUUCGACAUCCCAAAUGAACCAAGAGCCCAGGAACAUUCUGUUUGGGCUGGAGAACUGAACCUCAAGGCACAAGAUGAAGGUCUUGAGGCAGAAGAAUCAGGCCUUGAGGUGGGAGAAUUCAACCUUGAGGCUGGUGAGGCAGACAUCAAGGCUGGAGAUUGGGACAUCAAGGCUGACAAUUCAAAUAUUCCACCAACUCCAGUCCUAAAUCCUAAAGAGACCUACCGAGAUUGUCACUUGGAGCUCAACGGAAAAAUCUGUGACAAACAUGGUCAGUUCCUUGACCCAGAUACUCCACCACCUCCAUUCACGACAAGAGAGCAUGAAUUUUUAUAUACUCGAAAUCAAAUGUCCGGCGGUGAUAUCGACAAGCUUAUGUACCUAUGGGGAAGAACCCUUGUGCAUCACGGAGACAUCCCACCAUUCGCCAAUCACAAAGACUUGUAUUCAACCAUCAAUGUGAUACCCCUUGGAAAAGUGGCAUGGGAGAGCUUCACAAUGAAGUUCAAUGGGGAAGGCUCAGAUCCUAAUGAUUCUGAGACUCACACCCCAUGGAUGGAUACUCCUUACACUGCAUGGUUUCGAGAUCCCCAUGCUGUUACGACUUGGAUAGUAUCUGUUGGCGACGCUCAAACAGAGCGUGUGUCGUCAACGGUCAAGGAUGUCCUUGGGCUAGCCCAAGGUUAG